AUGGGUCAAGCCGCGAGACUGCGGAGAGCUUUCUCCUCCCGAAAAGAGUUCAAGAAAUUCAUUCAGACCAAAGAGCAUCCCGAUGAUGGUCCAGCUUAUUUCAACGAAGAUUUGCUUCCAACACCGCCCUCUCAGCGUACAUGGACUGCGUUGCAUUUCUUCGCAUAUUACUUAACACAGACAUUUUCGCCUAGCUCAUAUAACCUGGGAGCAACUCUAAUCUCUAUCGGCCUUCAAUGGUGGCACGGUAUUGUCGCAGCUGUGAUCGGCUCAGCUAUUCUGAGUGUCGUUGUUAUUCUCAACUCUCGCGGUGCAACUCGAUACCAUGUCGGCUUUCCCGUCUACGUCAGAGCCGCUGCGGGGGUUAGCGGUGCAAAACUGUUCAUUGUGGUUCGCGCCUCUGUCGCCAUCAUCUACUUCGCAACCCAGUCUUUCUAUGGAGGCAUGCUCACGUCGGUCGCUUUGCGGGCUAUCUUUGGUUCGGGAUGGGACAGAAUCCCGAACAGACUUCCCGCCAGCGCCGGAAUCACAUCCAAAAACCUACUCGCUUUCUUCAUUUUCUGGGUUAUUCAAUUCCCAGUCAUGUUUGUGCAUCCAACGAUCUUACGCCAUUUGUUCGUUGUCAAGUCCGUGGCAACGACUGCCGGCCUGUUCGGUGUGAUGGGAUGGGCCAUUCACAUGAAUGGAGGAACUCUAGGAGAUUUCGACUUUGGAGGGAAGUCUCUGAGUGGCUCUGCACUUGUGUGGCCCAUGAUACAGGCUAUCAACAGUGUCAUGGCAGCACUGUGCCCCAUUCUUGUUAACCAACCCGAUGUUGCUCGGUAUGCCACCAAGCCCGCACAAGCAACAUGGUCUCAGGCUACCGGUAUCCUUGUUAGCAAGGUUUUGGUCAUGUUCCUGAGUUGUGCAACAACCAGUGCUGCUGCAGGAUUUCUCGGCAAGAGCUACUGGAACGUUUGGGAUCUCUACAACGCCAUCCUGACUGAGUACUGGGGCCCUGGGGCAAGGGCAGGAAUGUUCUUCGCGUCCGCAGGCAUGAUCUUGGCGAUUAUUGCAACGAACGCUGGUUCAAAUUCAUUGCCAGUUGGUGCCGAUACAAGCGGACUUUGGCCCAGGUACAUCAACAUCGUCCGUGGCCAGGUUAUCUGCGCACUUCUAGCACCGCUUUGCGUUCCAUGGAAGAUCAUCUCCAGCGCUAGCUCAUUUCUUACAUUCCUAGGCUCAUAUACUGUCUUCCUAAUGCCAACCUGUGGGAUUAUGAUCGUCGAUUACUGGAUCUUGCGUCGCGGCAACUUUCAUGUUCCGAGCUUGUACACCAAAGCCGCAGGAUCUCCAUAUGCAUAUCUGAACGGCUGGAACCUUCGGGCUAUUGCUGCUUGGAUUGCCGGCGUGGCAUUUACGGUCCACGGUAUCGCGGGCAGCCUCGACCCAAACGCCGUCAAUCAAGCCAGCAAAAACAUGUACAAGCUUGGGUUCUUGUUAUCUCUCACGAUGGGAGCAUUGGUGUACUACGUGGCCUGUCUAAUCUGGCCGCCACCCAUUUACCCCGAAGGAAGCGAGUCUGAAGCGACGAUGGGCUUCGAGGAUAUGGCCUCCUCGGAAGGCUUCUUCGCAGGCGAAAGCGUUGACACAAUCCGAGGAGUUAUCUCUGCCGUCGAUGAUGUAAACAUAAGUCGAGUUGAUGCAAAGGGUACAGGGACCGAGUCAGUCAGUGAGAAGAACAUGGUGUAA